AAAAAAACAGAAGACAUAAUGAAAAAAAAGGGAAAAAGCAACGACGAAAAAAAACUAAUCCUGUAUGACAUCAUGCUGGAGAGUGAAUCCUUUUUCAUACUAAAGGAGUUGGAGGCGCUUGCGCCAAAGAAGGGGAUCCGCUCCCUCUUCGUCAAGGACCUACUACAACAGCUAGUGGAUGAUAACAAAGUCAAGUCGGAGAAGGUCGGCUCGCAGAACGUUUACUGGGUGCUGAAAACUGAGGAAUCCUCCACUCUGCAGAAUUCGUACCAGGAGAUGAAAGAAAAAAAGGAAGAGUGUGAAGAGAACGCCAAAAGGGAGAAGGAGGGCUAUGAAGAAUUCGCGAACUCUUUAAGCAUUUCGCAGGACCACUUGAGAGACAAGCUAGAGGAAGCCCAAACGCUAAUGAGCCAUCUAGAGGAGAAGAAGAGAGAGCUGGAAAAUGUGAAGAAGGCGGAUAUAAAGCAGAUAGAAAAGAUGAAGAUGCAGAAUGAGUGUGCCAUGGAGUCCAUUCAGAGAUGGAACAACAACAUCUUCUUGGUGAAGCAGUGGAUCCAGGACAGAACAAACAAACCCGCAGACACAGUCGAUAGACUCCUGGGAAUCAAAGAUAUAUUUAAUAACUGGAACUGAAAUGGUAUAGCCCUUUCGUUGCGCGAGAUAUCACGUUGGGAUGUGAGUGCAGACUGACUCACAUGUAUAGUGGGAUGUUUACAUAUGUGUGCAAGAAAUUGUUGUCACGUGUGGACAAACGUGUAGCAUUCUCUUUUUUUAGGAAGUGUUCCAAAUGGGGCAUUUUUUUUUUAUGAGAAAUUUGUUUGGC